UACAGUGAGGAAAUGGAUGACAACACACGUGCGGCGGCUCUGGUUGAAGCUGAAACAAGAACAGUCCAGCACCCAUCUGUUGUAGAGCGGUAUUUUACUCCAAGAUACAAACCUGAUGUGAAGAAAGUUCCUGGAGAAGACCAGUGUGUUCUGGUACACUCAAAUAGGAUUUGUGUGGUGACGGUCGCCAGGUGUCACCCCAUCCUGUCACAGCACAAGACAGUCUGCGCAGUGAACUUCCAGGUGGACAAGAAGACAAAUAGAAUGGACAACAAGGUGACUGGGAAGGGGAAAAAGGGUGGUCAGUGGCUGACAGAAUUGUCUGCUUUGUGUCAUGUGACAUGUUCUGACCAAUCCACAUACACCUUGUACAGCUGCAUACGAGGACAUCUGGUGGAGAUAAAUGAGAACCUGGUCAGAACUCCUGGCUUGCUGACACAGAAGCCUGAUACAGAUGGUUACAUCGCCAUAGUGUUGCCGAGACUGCAUGAAUUUCAAGACCAAGUUGGGAGAUUGUUAACUUUAGAGCAGUACCAACAUGUCCUCAAACAGAGACAGUCACAACAACAGAGGCUAGACACACAGGGCACAAAUAAACAACAGCAGUCAGAAACUGUGGUGCAGAAAUCUUCCGCAGCAGCCAUGAGGCCAGCAGACAGUGGUUCCAGUAAAUGUGCAACUGCUGAAAGUCAACAAGUUGGUUGACUGGUAGCUUCAUGUACAUGUACUGUACAUGUAUACGGUGCAAAAAUCUUUUUAUGUUCUUCAAUAAUCUGACUUUAGUAUCAGGAAGGAUUGUGAAUGAACAUAGCUGUUGUUGUCUGACACAUUUGUUCACCUCAUAAGUGCCAAACUUGUUUUUGUUUUACUUUAUUUAUAAUUAAGUUUUUUUGACAAAAAGAGGGGCUGCAUUUGAAAAUCACCAUGAUCAGAUUAUUGUACCACCAGCGUUAGCGCUGGCGGUACACAUGGUUUUAGUCCUGUCCGGAUCGUUCCGCCAGCUCCCCCGGCUCCGCCGGAUGGCUACCAUUACCACUUCUCCUCCUAGACGGUAAGGGCCUCCGUACCCAUCUCUUGGAUUUAGGUCACCUAUAAUCUCAACUCGU